GCUUUUGUCCCGCCCCCUGCCUGCAGAGUCCGCCAAUCCUUGUCUUGGAAAGCGUGGCCUGGUGUCCCGCAGCAUUAGCGGGUCGCGCCGGAGGGGGGGUGGAGGCGGAAGUGGCGGCGCCGGCCCGGGGAGUAGGAAGAAGCCGGGGCUGCAGCCCGAGUGGAGCGGCUGCCAGCCGAGGAGCAGGCGCGGCCGUGUCGCCAUAUUGCGGCCCUAAGCGGCCGCGACCGAGUCAUGGCUGAGACCUACGACUUCCUCUUCAAAUUCCUGGUGAUUGGCAGUGCAGGAACGGGCAAAUCAUGUCUCCUUCAUCAGUUCAUUGAGAAUAAGUUCAAACAGGACUCCAACCACACAAUCGGCGUGGAGUUUGGAUCUCGGGUGGUCAACGUGGGUGGGAAGACCGUGAAGCUACAGAUUUGGGACACAGCCGGCCAGGAGCGGUUUCGGUCGGUGACACGGAGUUACUACCGAGGGGCGGCUGGAGCCCUGCUGGUGUAUGACAUCACCAGCCGGGAGACCUACAACUCGCUGGCCGCCUGGCUGACGGAUGCCCGCACGCUGGCCAGCCCCAAUAUCGUGGUCAUUCUCUGUGGCAACAAGAAGGACCUGGACCUGGAGCGUGAGGUCACUUUCCUGGAGGCCUCCCGCUUUGCCCAGGAGAAUGAGCUAAUGUUCCUGGAAACUAGUGCUCUCACGGGUGAGAACGUGGAGGAGGCUUUCCUGAAGUGUGCCCGCACCAUUCUGAACAAGAUCGACUCAGGUGAGCUUGACCCCGAGAGGAUGGGCUCCGGCAUUCAAUAUGGUGACGCCUCCCUUCGCCAGCUGCGGCAGCCUCGGAGUGCCCAGGCCGUGGCCCCUCAGCCCUGCGGCUGCUGAGACCUGCAGAGCCAGCUCACCCGUUCUCCAGGACCAGCCCUGUCCUUCUGGCUGGGGCCCAGACCCAGGCCCUGGGAGACUGAGCCCCUUACCUUGACCUGGCCCCAGAGAAGCUGCCCCGCCACCUGUCCCCCUUCCCUGGCCUGGUGGGGCCUGGCUGAGGGGCAAGACUGAGCCAUGGGGGAAGGGGGAAUCCGUACCUGCUGCUGCUUCCUCUGUCUUGGCUAACCCCUCUUCCCCCUGAACCCCUAACUAUACUCAAAGAGUUUCCAAAGCCCGAGACCAGGGCCAUUUGGCCUCAGCUCCCCUGGCCCUGCCACUGCGAGUACGUGUUAUUUAUUACCUUACCUGGAGGCCUGUCCCGUCCCCACCCCACCCCCAUAAAGCAUUGUUUACACCUGUG